AUGGCCAACGCAGCGGAAAAGAUUUCCGUCUACAAUCUUGCAGACCUCAAGAACACAUCCGACGACGCCAUUCCCAACUACCUCAACUCUCUCAAGUUUCGACAAUCGCAUACCCUCACCGAUGUUCGCCUCGCCCUCGGUUACAGCGCCUUUGGCAUCGCCGCCGCUUGUUUCCUUUGGGACUACAAGCUUGGCUUCGAGAACACCAAGCACUUUACAGCUGCUGCCGUCGCAGUCUAUACUCUGGUCAACACUGCCUUGACACUAUGGGUUACAUUCCGUGAGAAGGGUGUCAUUUAUGAGGGUACAUCGCCGUCCGGCGAAAAGAUCUCCAUCAGCAGCUCGACCAAGAAGAAUGUCCCCAUUUACAACCUCGCCAUCACCGUCACCGACAACAACUCCAAGUCUUCGGUUCUCAAAAUCUCCAAGCCCUUCACCGGCUGGUUCGACGAGACGGGCCAGUUCGUCGCAAUCCCCUUCCAGGAGCUGCUCGCCACCUCGGUUCCCCUGAUCGGAAAGCGUGAUCCCAAGCGCGUUACUGUCUCGCAGGAUCUCCUCGAUGCUAGCCCCGAUGUUCUCAACGCUGUUCUCGCCGCCAGCGCGGGUACGACCGAGGGCAAGCAGCGACGCAAGGCGUAG